AUGAUUCAGGUAGAGCGUAUCCGAUGCCGUGAAAUGCCCGAGGCCAUGACAGACCUUCUCGACUCAGCAAUGCAGAUCAUCUCCGCAGUCACCGAUUAUACGAAGCUUCGUGAGCAGGAAGCCAGCAUUCGAAAGCCGUAUACAUGGAUUUUUUCCUUUUAUGCAGUACCGGCAGCAGGGGUCGUGGCGACUGAGCUGCAUUGUUGUACCCUGCCCAACGUAUUACUCCCAUGCUCUACCCCUCGGUGCAAAAUUAUCCGUGAACUGAGUCUGCUAGUAUCCUGGUUUGAGGGUGCAAGUCCGUCCACCAGUGAUACAUAUCAGGUAUGUGUAGAGGCUACACAGGCGAUGACGAGUCUCUUGGACGAGACACUGGACUAUCCGUUAGAUGGGCAAAUAACGAAUGGUGAUGGUGGUGCUCGGAUAGAGUUCCCCAUCCGUUAUUCCCAUGGAUCUGGUCCUAACAUACAAGAGAAAUUACCGAGCGUUGCUGGGUUUGAAGCCAGGGAGGAAUUCCUGACAUGGCUUGAUGACUUGGGCCUAGAAGCCACUGCUCAUGAGCUUCUAUGUCAGUGA